AUGUCAAAAGAUACUGGUAUUAAAAUUACAAAUUGGGCUUCUAUAGCCAAUGCGCCAUUUCCUGCCGAAGGAGCUGGUAACCAAACUUUCAGCAUGUAUCAGUUGGUUGCUGCAGAUAUUGGUGUCCCGCUCUUUCUUGCCUAUUAUUUUCGCCUAGGUUUUUGGACCUGGCUUAUUUUCCUCCUCCUUCCGCUUGGUAUCAUUAUUCAUUUAUUAUUCGUAUACCUCUCUUCUAAAUUUGCUUCACCUUACAACAACAAGGUUCGACUUCCGGGAAGAAAUAUUGAAGAGUAUAUCACUAUGAAGGAUGCUUCAUUAUCAACUUAUGUUGGUCGUAAUAAAAUUCCAAUGGAAAUCUUUUUUGAAAAUUAUUUUGAUGGAAAGAUUGAUCUUUGUGAUGAUGCUUUAAAAAUUAUUGAAGCACGUCAUGAUUGGGCUUCUUUCGAAUUUGCUAUUGGUCAAGCAAAAUUUUUUUUAACUCAAUGGAUUCCUGAAACUAUAAUGCACACUAAAAAACAAGAUGAAGAUCAAGUACGUGAUCAUUAUGAUCGUGGUGAUGAUUUUUAUGCUGCAUUUUUAGGUCCAAGUAUGGUCUAUACUUCUGGUAUUAUUUCGGAUCCAAGUAAAAAUGAAACACUUGAAGAACUUCAAGAAAAUAAACUUAAACUUGUUUGUGAAAAGAUUAAACUUAAAGCUGGUGAAAAACAUUUAGAUAUUGGUUGUGGUUGGGGUACUCUUGCUGCAUACGCUGCAAAGAAUUAUGAUGUAGAUUCUACGGGAAUUACACUUGGUCGUAACCAAACUGAAUUUGGAAAUAAUCGUAUUAAGGAAUAUGGUGUUGAUCCUAAACAAGCUCGUAUAAUUU